ACUAAAUUAAAGCAAACCAAUCAAAUGCAAACAAUAGAUACAGGAUAAAGAAUGGGAGGAAACAAGAAAAGACAAAAAAACCUGAAGAAUGUUCCACAAAUACCUGGCAUUCGAGUCCCUCCCUCUGUUGCUGACACUUCAUUGCUCAAGGACCUAACCCGAGGACAACAGUGCUACUUUUACAGCAUCAUGAGGAUUUAUGACUCCAGACCGCAGUGGGAGGCCCUGCAGAGCCGCUAUAUUCAGAGCCUGGCACACCAGCAGCGGCUGGGCUACAUCACCCAGCAGGAAGCCUUGGCUUGUGGAACUCUCCUUCUAGAGUCAACCAAGAGAGCCUCAGCCAAGGUAGCAAAGCAACGAACCAUCUCCCAGACGUCUUCAGCCAUGACAAGAAAACGUCUGUCAGCAAGACCCAAGUCUGCUGUUGGUCCCAGGACCCACUGUGCACGGAAGGACAAAUGCUUGGCCCGACAGUAUGUUGGGAACCCUGAGAAGCUGACACUGACCUCUUUGGGGGUCAUGCACUUAGUUCUAAAGAAGCUUCUUGACCCUGGCAAAUCACCUGGGGUGGCGAACACGUGUGUCAUGAUGGCGCCGGUUGAACCAGAGGCGGAACUCUUGGUCUCCGUCUCUGCGGGAAGUUCUGUGACAUCACCAUAA